AUGUGCGAUCCGAUACUUUAUGGCAGUUGCAAGUUUUACUUCACUCAAGAUCAUUCUUGUGUUAAAUGGAAGGAGAGCAUUAAAAGUAUAUUGGUUGUUCACAAGUUUUGUGAUAUAAACGUUAUUGAAAGUCUCAAAACAUUUAUUAACUACACAUUGAAGAAAUGGGACCUAACUAUAUAUCUGGAAUCAUCUACACUUGACGAACUAAAAGUCGAUGACCUGUUCUAUCCAAUUGUUCAGCAUUACGUAAACUUGGGAAAAGGUGAAUCCCCAUAUGUUACUGGUGAACGAGUUAUGUACGAAUUCCGUAAUGAUGCAACAGGAUGUUCUUUUAAAAUCAACACUAAAAGUUCAAUUGGAGUCUUCGACCACACUGUACACAGCAAAAUAGAUCUAAUUGUUUGUCUUGGAGGUGAUGGAACUCUUUUACAAAUUGCAUCAAUGUUUCAAGGGAUUGCUCCACCUGUAAUUGCGUUUCGUCUUGGCACUUUGGGGUUUUUAACUCCAUUCCCUUUUAACAAUUUCAGGAUACAAAUGAAAACUGUUCUUGAAGGUUCAUCUUAUUGCGUAUUACGAGCUCGACUUUGUUGUCAAGUUAUUCGAAAUAGUAUCAAUAACCACAAUGACAGUGCGCAUCAAGAUGUGGAAGGUUAUUGUAGUCGAAAACAAUCAGAGGAAUCCAGUAAUUCUGAUAUUUCUUUACGAUCCAGUUCACCAGACACUGAAUAUCAUUUCCUAAAUGAUCUAGUCAUUGAUCGGGGUUUAUCUCCAUUUCUCUGCGACCUGCUUAUUAAAGUAAAUGGUAGAGAAGUAACAAAUAUAGAAGGUGACGGUCUUAUUGUAAGCACUCCUACUGGAAGCACAGCUUAUUCCAUGACUGCUGGUGCUAGUAUGGUACAUCCAUGUGUACCGGCUCUAGUUUUAACACCAAUCAAUUCAUUAGCUUUAAGUUCACGUGCUAUUGUUCUUCCUACCUCUAUAAAGCUAGAAAUCUCUAUUGCUAGCAAGGCUCGUUGUUCAGCUGUACACUUUUCUUUUGAUGGACGCUCACGGCACUCAAAUCUAUUGCAUAAAGGUGAUGUUAUCACAGUUAGUGCUUCACCUUACCCUAUUCCAUGUCUUUGCAGCGAAAACCAGGUUACAGAUUGGUUUUGUGGUCUAGCUUACUGCCUUAACUGGAAUCUACGUCGACGUCAAAAUGCAGUAAUGAAAUGUUGUUCAAUUAAUGAAGAAUCAUCUUGAGCGUAAAAAAGAAAUACUUUUCUUUGACUUUUUUUACAUUUUAUUUUAACAUUCAUCCAAAUGAUUCUCAGGUUUAAUUAAUUAAUUGUGAUCUAACAACUGAACUUUGUUUUCUGCUUCUGAAGAUUGUUUUCCAUAUUAUUUUUAUCUCUGUUGUUAUUUAUAUACCUGCAAAUUCAAUCAUGCCUUCAACGUUUACUUGUUGCAGAUUUCAAUAAUGAAAUAAUUGAGUUAUCUCUUCUAUUUUACACCAUUUUAUGAUUACUGAACUAUCUUAUGCAAAUAUGGUUUAGAAAAAAAAAUGACUAUCAGAUAAGUGAGCUGU